AGCAGCUUUGGAAAGCAGAAGCGAAAGCACCAACAUGCCGAUCAGCAUGCGCAGAACCUCUGAAUGGUUGCACAGACACGUAGCUUACAGGGACCGUGCUCAAUCAGCACAGGUUUCCCAUUAAAGGCACCUGCAUUUCUAACACUGACGUGUGAGAGAAGUUCUUUCUGACCCAUUAUAACUGUGUUUUCCCUCCCCACAAACCAACUCUCUCUCUGUGCUGCUUUGAGAGCCAACAAGAUUCAGACGGCAGUGAGCUGAGAACCCAAUGAAUGUAUGUCACAAUGAUGAUGACAGAUCAGAUUCCCUUGGAGCUGCCACCUUUACUCAAUGGGGAGCUCCCCAUGAUGCCUCACUUGGUGAAUGGGGAUGGGUCGCAACAGGUUAUUUUAGUUCAGGUUAAUCCGGGAGAAACCUUCACCAUAAGAGCAGAAGAUGGAUCUCUGCAGUGUAUCCAAGGGCCAGCGGAGGUUCCCAUGAUGUCCCCUAAUGGAUCCAUUCCCCCAAUUCAUGUUCCACCAGGAUACAUCUCACAGGUGAUCGAGGAUAACACUGGGGUCCGCAGGGUGGUGGUCACCCCACAAUCACCGGAAUGUUUUCCGCCCAGUUACCCAUCAGCCAUCUCUCCGACACAUCACCUGCCUCCGUACAUCACGCACCACCCGCAUCUCAUCCCUCACUCGCACGCGGCCUAUUAUCCCCCAGUCACCGGGCCAGGAGAUCUACCACCUCAAUUUUUUCAACAUCACCUUCCACCAACAAUAUACGGGGAGCAAGAAUUCAUCCCUCUCUAUGGGAUGUCCAGUUAUAUCACGAGGGAAGACCAAUACAGUAAACAUGACCGACUGCACAAAAAACUGAAGAUUGAUCGUCAGAACCGAUUAAACAGCCCACCCUCAACCAUCUACAAGAACCACAUGAGCUCCUGCGCCACAAUAUACAAUGGCUAUGGGAAAGGACCAUGUGUGGCAGGGGUGGGAGGGGGCGGAGGAACGGGUAUCAAGAAGUCAGAACGAAGAGCUAGGAGCAGCCCCAGGAUGAAUGAGCAGGAUAUUCAAGAUUUCGAUUCUGAAACGAAAAGGGUGCAGGACAUGCUUUCUGGGAUGGGGAGGCCACAGGUAUCCAAUGUCCAAGCCAGGGCAGCUCUCCUCACCUGGGCUCCACCUACAGGCCUCACCAACGGGGACAAACAGACAAACGGCCUACCAUACACCUGUAACUAUGAAGUGGCCUCUUCAGAUAAGGGCAAGGACGGGAAGUACAAGAUUAUUUAUAGUGGAGAAGAUUUAGAAUGCAGCCUGACUGAUUUACAGCCAACAACAGAUUAUCACAUCAGAGUUUCCACAAUCUAUAACUCGGUGAAAGGGUCGUACUCUGAGCCAGUCAGUUUCACCACUCAGAGCUGUGCACCAGACACACCAUCACCACCGAAACUCUCCCAUCGGACGAAAAGCACACUGACCAUCCAGUGGAAGGCACCUGUGGACAAUGGAUCAAAGAUCACCAGCUACCUUCUCGAAUGGGAUGAGGGGAAACGGAAUAACAGAUUUCGGGAGUGUUACUUUGGUAACCAGCGGCAUUACAAACUAACCAAACUCUUACCAGCCAUUGGUUACACCUUUCGGUUAGCAGCAUGCAACGAUAUCGGCACCAGUGGCUUCAGCCAGGAAGUGGUCUGUUACACUGCGGGGAACGUGCCACAGCCUCCUGCAGCCCCUCGGUUGGUGCGUGCAGGGGUCACAUGGGUGACGUUACAGUGGAACCGUCCAGAUGGUUCGUCAGCGGAAGAGCACAUCACCUACAUGCUGGAGAUGGAGGAAGAGAGCUCGACUGGUGGCUUUGAGUCGAUGUAUACGGGUGAGGAAGUGACCAGCACUGUGAAGUCUCUUACGAGAAGCACACAAUACAAGUUCAGGCUGAUAGCUUCCAACACAGAGGGCAGCAGCAGUCCCAGUGAAGUGCUCGUGUGUAUCACCAACCCAGACCAACCAGGGCCUCCAUCCACACCCUACGUCAUUGGCCCACCGCUCUCUCACAGCCUUCACCUCAAGUGGGACCCUCCAGAAGACAAUGGCGGAUCAGAAAUUCUGAAGUACCUGCUAGAGAUUUCUGAGGGCAGCUCCGAGGGAAGCCAGUGGGAGGUGGUGUACAGCGGAUCACUCAAUGAGACUGUCUGCCAACAACUGAAGCCAGGCACUUUAUACAGGUUCAGAGCCUGCUGUAUCAGCACUGGGGGACACAGUCAGUGUUCGGAGAGUCUGUCUGUUCGCACACAGUGUGUCGCACCCGGCCAGUGUCAACCACCAAGGCUUGUCGGCAAACCAAAACACAAAGAGUUUCAGAUGCAGUGGGGGCCACCGUCAGAUGGGAACUCGAUGGUGACGCAGUAUACGUUGGAGAUGAGUCAAGGAGAGCUAGCACCUUCGGAGGUUUACUGUGGUCCUGAUCUGGAAUGUACUGUCAGCAGCCUCCUGCCUGGGACCACCUAUCAGUUCAGGGUGAGAGCUGCCAAUGAAGCAGGGUACGGACCUUACUCUGAAGCAAUAGAUCUCACAACGGCCACAGGACCCCCAGUUCAGUGUAAAUCACCUGCACUUUCCUGCUUGUCGACCACAAGUGUACACGUGAGCUGGGAGAGCCCGGAGAAUUAUGGUGAUGACAUAUCAGAGUACAGACUGGAAUGGGGGGAGACGGAGGAAUCCAUGGACCUUGUUUACUGCGGAAUGGAGACAGCCUUCGAGAUCAACGAACUCAAACCAGCGACACACUACUGCUGCCGACUACAGGCCACUAACCAGGCUGGCUGUGGGCCGUAUAGUAGUGUGAUCACCCACACCACUCCUGCCUCGGUCCCUGAUGCCAUCUCCACCCUGUUCGUCCUGGAGGACCAGCACCUGGAUCAUUGUCUGACCUCGACUUCCAGCUGCCUCGCCGUCAAGUGGACCGAACCAUGCAGUAACGGCUCUGAGAUCCUCUCGUACAGCAUAGACCUGGGGGAGAGCCAGCUGACUGUGGACAACGUCACGGCCUACAUCAUACGCGAUCUCCUGCCCGGCACCUCCUACAGGAUCCGUGUUCGGGCGGUGAAUGGAAUUGGUGCUGGCCCCUUUAGCCAGGCGGUGAAAGCCAAGACAAGACCUCUGCCACCGGCUCCUCCAAGGCUGGAGUGUGCUGCCUCAGGCCCUCAGAGCCUCAAGCUGAAGUGGGGUGACAGCAGCAUUACCAAAGUUCUACCCACCGAUGUUGAAACUGUCUACAUCCUCCAAAUGGAGGAACGGAGUGGAAAGUUUAUUCCAAUCUAUCGAGGGCCAAGCCACACUUACAAGGUGCAGAGACUGAUGGAGUCCACAUGUUACAGCUUCCGAAUUCAGGCAGUCACCGAGGCUGGAGAAGGACCCUUCUCCACGGUCCAUGUGUUCAACACAACCAAAUUACUCCCUCCUGCUCUCAAAGCUCCACGGGUCACUCAGCUGGAAGGAACCGCCUGUGAGGUCACGUGGGAAGGUCUCCCACCAAUGAGAGGCGAUCCAAUGAGUUACAUCCUCCAAGUCACACUGGGCAGGGAGUUGGACUACAAACAGGUGUACAAGGGGGAGGACACAACAUUCCAGAUCUCAGGCCUUCAGACGAACACAGACUAUCGGUUUCGGGUCUGCGCCUGUCGACGCUGCCAGGACAUGUCACAAGAGCUGACUGGACCCUUUAGUCCUUCUGCCAUUUUCACACUACGGAGGAAAGAGUCCCCUCCAACCAGUGAACUGCGAACCGCAGAGUUGGCCAAAAUGAGGAGCGUGAUGCCCAGUGACGAGCAGUUUGCUGCCCUCAUCCUGGUGGGAUUCGCCAGUUUAUCGAUUUUCAUCGCCUUUGUUUUACAAUAUUUCAUCAUGAAGUAACAGAGGGCGAAGAAAGCAAAAAAAAAACAUUACGCAUAUAAUUCUUGAGGUAUAAACGUAGCCACGUAAUAGUACCAGCAAAACCCCAUUUAAAUAUUCCUGUUGAACUUCUAUUAAUCAUCUUUUAUUUUUAAGUUUGUUUAUCUCUUUUCCCUUUCCCCUUUUUCAUUUUGGGUUUACCCCAGUUCAAAGGUUAGUCAAAAAUAAAAGGGGGAAGUGAAAUGAAAACCACACUGGCUCUUUUCUGCACCUUUUCCGGAAAUUACUUUGACCCCUUCACCAUGGGCAUCACCUGAUGCCAGGUGGGAGCUGCCCUCCUGCUAGGGAUGGGUUCCUCACUGCAUGAGGUUGCUGUGAAUGAGUUAAAGUAUUCUCCCAGCUGAGAUUUCAGUU